UCCGGGCCUCUACUCAGGUCUAUCCUCUUUGGUAUCUCACAAAGAGGUGAGAUACACUCAACUCACUCAGCUUAACUAUUAGUGUUUGUUUAUUCAUCUAUAAGAAUUUUUUUGGACUCCAUCCAGGAUUUCUGACACAACACUGACGCAUUACUUUUUAAUUUGGCUGUAAUUAUCAAGGAGCAGCAUUCAACAGGAUGAGCUGUAUACGCUGUUGUCUUACUAACACUAGUCGUCUGGUGUCUUCCAGCCAUGCUACUAAUCAUGUCUACAAAGUCGUGAGGGUCGUUGCAACGAGGUCAUUGGCCACCACUAGCGUUCUCUCAAAAGUACCAAGUGAACCCACACCACCCACUAAGGAUGUUGGUGGCGCAUCCACAGGCGCCCCAGCAAGUAGCAAUGGCACUGGGGGUGGCAAGAAGAAUACCCUAACGUGUCCGAAGUGUGGUGAUCCCUGUACGCAUGUUGAAACAUUCGUGUCUUCAACCAGAUUCGUCAAGUGUGAAAAAUGCCACCACUUCUUUGUGGUGUUAUCAGAAAUUGAUUCGAAGCGGACGCUCAAAGAAGCUACGAGAACAGAGGACACUAAACAGGGCUUCUAUAGGAAACCACCCCCACCCCCCAAAAAGAUAUACGAAUACCUGAAUAAGCAUGUAGUAGGCCAGGAGUACGCCAAGAAAGUUCUGAGUGUAGCGGUUUACAAUCACUACAAACGUAUCCACAAUAAUCUUCCGCCGCAGAAUUCAGUUCAGGCCACUGCCAGUCCUGCAGGCCCGCAGGAUCUCAACCAUCCAUUCACACACAGAGGUCUCAAGCCGCAUUUACUCAAUGUAUCCAAUAUUGGCAAUCCGUUGGGGGUUGGUUUCCAGCACGGCACCAGUAGUGUUGAUCCCCAAGUGAAGGCCCCCAGUGGUUCAUCGAUCCCAGGUUCAGACAUCCUGGACAGCAAGCAGCACCAGCUAAAACUCGAGAAGAGUAACAUUUUACUCCUUGGACCAACUGGAUCUGGGAAAACUCUUCUGGCCCAGACCAUUGCCCAAUGUCUGGACGUUCCCUUCGCCAUUUGCGACUGCACGACAUUGACACAAGCUGGGUAUGUUGGUGAGGACAUUGAGAGUGUCAUUGCCAAGCUCCUCACAGAUGCUAAUUACAUAGUGGAAAGGGCACAAAUGGGAAUUGUUUUUCUGGACGAAGUCGAUAAAAUUGGUGCUGUCCCUGGAAUUCAUCAGCUCAGGGACGUUGGGGGUGAGGGGGUGCAGCAGGGGAUGCUUAAGAUGCUGGAGGGAACCAUUGUUAAUGUUCCAGAGCGUAACAGCUCGCGAAAAUUACGUGGUGACACUCUGCAGAUUGAUACAACAAAUAUUUUGUUCGUGGCUUCUGGAGCGUACAAUGGACUCGACAGACUUGUCUCUCGUCGUAAGAAUGAAAAGUAUCUUGGGUUUGGAGCUGCUCCGGCAUCGGAGAGCCCCGGGAGGCGUGCUGCCACGCUAGCAGAUGUAGCUAACAUGUCUCCGUCAACUGAGGAUGAUAAUAAGGAAAAAGAUGUGUUACUUAAACAGGUGGAGGCUAGGGAUCUUAUUGACUUUGGAAUGAUACCCGAGUUUGUAGGGAGGUUUCCGAUUUUGGUGCCCUUUCAUACGUUAGAUAGGAAUAUGCUGGUGAGGAUUCUCACGGAACCGAGUAAUGCCAUGGUACCUCAGUAUCAAAUGCUGUUUUCUAUGGAUAAGGUGGAUUUGACAUUCACAACUGAAGCCUUAGAAGCAAUCGCAGCCUUGGCAAUGGAGCGAAAAACUGGUGCCAGGGGACUUAGAGCAAUUAUGGAGUCUUUAUUGUUAGAACCAAUGUUCGAUGUACCUGGCAGUGAUACAAUAUCUGUACAUGUCACUGAGGCCUGCGUUCGUGGGCAAGAGAAACCUCAGUACAUACGACGGGGUGAUGCUACCGAGGAGGAGCCACAGCAGGCACAGCACGUAAAUAAUUAACACACGGGGUACUGGAAUGAAAAUUUAGCAAUUAAAUGAUGAAAAAAACUCCUAGGUGGAACUAAGAGAAAAUUUCACAAUUAUCGUCAUUUUCUUUCCCUGAGAACAUUGUAUUUGAUGCUUUCAAGUAAUCUUUGAUUAAAAAAAUUAUACUAAUGAACAUCACUUGGUGAUUGAGAAUAAAUGAAAUUAACAGGUAGAUUAUUUCUUUAUACCUGUUAUUUUAGUUUGUGAGAGCAGAAAGCAACAUUUUCUGGAAUAACUUUUUUUCCAUUAUAAAUUAUUCUCGUGACGUUGUAUAGAUAAAUGAUGAUUCUUUGUAAUAUAUUGUACAUAUAGACUUAUAGAAGUUCAAAGAAAGUAAAAAAUAGAUGAUUUUAUCCUAAGAAGAAUUUAUCUUGCAUCGAACUUGCACGGUCUCAUUGGGUUUCGUAUGAAUUUAUUUCGUUUUUCUUUCCUGACGGAUUCGGGACAUUCCCAAAAAAUCUACAUAAUUAUAAAUACAAAAAAAAUGUGUGCGAAAUUUCUACGAAAUUCUGGCGAAUUGAAGAUUCAGAUUGAGCACAAGUGAUUUCCUUGAAAAUAAAAACGUUGAGGCUUCUUUUUUGAACAUCAAUAAUUUUGUUCGAAGUGGUUAAUGUGAUAUUAGAAGUGGAAACUGAACGCUCAUAUUUUCUUCAAUAUCGUUAUCAUUGAGAUUGGGAUAUUGUCACCUUAAAAAAAUUAUUUUCAUUGGUAAUGAACAGAAAUAAAUACUACCUAACUUGAAAUGAUCAUUGAUAAGUCUACUGGUAAACUAUUAGAGAUAAUUUAUAUUGUAAUGAGGAUAUAUUUAUAAUAAAUCAACAUGAAAAGCUAAUUCUACAAAUCAGGAUUUUCCAAACCCCAUCAUGAGCUUUCUGUAUUCAUCAUCAAUUUUUAUCUACUAAAUUUCAUGGUUCACUUUCUGUACAUAAUGUUCCCCUCUUCCUCACCUAUUCGUAAAACUUCAGUGACGAUGACUAGACACGGCUAAUCACAAAAUUAAUAACUCUGGAGCUCGAUAAAAAUUUCAGAGUGAAGUUGAUCGAAAAAUAAUGACAUUGUAAAAAGAUAUGUUCCAAAUACAGACAUUUACACAAA